AUGUGUGCUAUUGGUGCUGUGAUCGCCCCUGUGGGACCGACCGUCGUCCCGACUAGCCGAGUUUAUAAAAAACAGAGGAAGCGCACGCUGUUUGUCGUGCUGAAAAUGGGGCCCAAUGACGCUGCAAAAAGCCAGAUUCUAGGGGAACCGGAUCUGUGCCGUUUCAGUGUGCACGGCAUCUCUAACAAGAACUAACUCAAGUUAUGGGGGUGGUGGCCAGCCUCAUGAAGCCAUUGUAGUCUCCAUUUAACUGCCAGAAUACUCCGUUUCUUCUAACAUCUGAACCAUUCCUAUUUUCAGAAGACUCGAUGAACAGCUCGUCUUCUGGAGCGAUAUUACACUCAACAGAGACGCCGAUCAUUAUUCCCUCCAUCAAACAGCUACCUCUCGAUGUCAAACUCACAGUGGUCGCCUACUGCUAUAUACUACCAGUGAUAUGUGUGGUCGGAAUAAUCGGGAAUGCCAUGAAUGUGGUCACGCUUGCCAGCAGAAAACUACGAGCAGUCUCUUAUAUGUAUCUACGGGCCUUGGCAAUAGCAGACUUAUUGUGCAUGUUGUUCGUCCUAUCAUUCGUAUCUUGUGAAGUUCUAGUCUACAAUGGAUACUCAUUGAAUGGGUCAUAUUGGUAUGGAUUCUAUCAGUCACAUAUCAUCUUAUCAUUUAUUAACUGGGCGUUAGCAACGGGUGUUUUUAUCGUGGUAGCGUUGAGUCUGGAGCGAUACGUAUCCAUCGUUUUCCCCAUGCACUUCCGGCAAUGGAACUCUCCAUCGCGAGCGAGAAGAGCAAUUUGCGCGGCCUACAUGAUUCCAGCAAUGUUUUACCUGCCUUAUGCAGUCGGCCGAUAUUCGGUUGAGACCAAAACGAUGUCCGAUGGAACUGUCGUGUAUAUGCAAAGCGACAGUGACAUAUCAAAAACACUAUACUGGCAAGUGAGUACCCUAGGGAAUCGCGAUGACUAGAUUUUCGGCGUCAUUUAUUCAACUGUGUAAUUCUUCUUUGCAGAUCUACAAAUGGAGCCGAGAAGCGUUCUUGAGAUUCCUCCCAAUUAUUGUCCUAACAAUCCUCAACGCUCAGAUAAUGAUGGCUUUCAGAAAGAGACAACAAAUGUUUGCUCGACUGAAGAACAGAGACCAAAACAGUCAAGUGCGUGACGAUACCCUUCUUUACAUCUUAGGCGGAAUUGUGGCCAUGUUUUUUGUUUGCAACAUUCCAGCAGCCAUAAAUCUAUUAUUCAUCAAUGAGACGGUCAAAAAGCGAGUGGACUAUCAAAUAUUUCGGGCCAUCGCCAACCUUCUGGAGAUCACAAAUCAUGCCGCUCAGUUUUAUAUUUUCUGUGUAUGCUCAACAGACUACCGGGCCACCUUUCUACUAAAGUUUCCCUGCUUUAAAGUGAGUGCUAUAUCUAAACAAAUGCAAAUAAUAAGUGGAUCUCAUUCUAACAUCACUUUUUAGGCUUACUACACUAAUCGCGAGAAACUGCGGUCUUUCAUCAGAAGGCCUCAGGCCAAAAACGACAACGGAAAAAGCGCGCCCCCUCCGAGUAUGGCCAUGGGAAUCUCAUCGAUAAAGCGCAGCAGUACUUUGGAAGGGACCACAUGUCAACACAAAGAACCCGAGACUGUCGACAUCCACCUGGCUAGCGGAGAGGAUGACAUUAGCGACGAGGCGGACAGCCUGCUCAACGAUGAGAACAAGAACAAAGAAAGCACUUAUCUCUGA